AUGUUUGCACACAGUAAGCCCAGGGAACGGGGCUCUCCCCGGAAAGUGACGCCGCCGUCACCUUCGUACAUGUCGAACGAGCAAUUCGCCGCGUACCUGGCAGACCUGCGCAACAACCGCAUCAACCGGCCCGGCGGUGCUCGUCCUCUUCCCACCUCCCCCACAAAGCAACGAGAUGUAGCCGGGCUACCCCCUAGUCGCCCGUCCGUGGGAGCCAUGCCAGCUUCCGAAACAUCGUCACUUCGCCACCAUCAUCACAACGACAGCCAGCAGCAAGGGCCCCACUCAGAAGUCAGCGGGAUAGGGCCCUCCGCAAGUCUGCCGUCCAUGUCCGCCAGUAUAUCAUCAAGAUUUUCAGCGGGAACCCGGGGGAGAGACUAUUACCCGAACCGCCCGGUCCAGCCGUUGAAGCCGUCAGACGUCGUACCAAGUGCAACCUAUAUCGAACGGGGUCAGAGAUGGAUGGAAAAGGAGGAGGCGUUUUCGCUGCGGCAGGCUAUGGAGGAUAUGACAGUCAAAGAUGAGGAAGUAAAGGAAGAUGGUGCGCCGGUUGCCGAGGAUGAGGAUGAAAAGCGGCUUUACAACGCUGCUCUCGACGAGGCUGCCGAGCUGGUAUGGCAGCACCAGAAUCCUGGCAAAGUGCCUCAGCCGGGCACCCCUUAUCGAUACAAAUCCCACCUUCGCAAGGACAGCUAUGCGCACGCACGUACGGCGAGCGUGGGCAUGUAUGGCAAUGAUGUUGCUCCAACUGGACUGGCGAGAAAUUCUACUUCUGCGUCAGUUUCCGGCAGCUCGAGCGAAGGUGAAGAUGGGCCUGCGUCUAUCAGAAGUCGUUCGUCUUUCACCUCGGCUCAUCCGGUCGACAGUGGGCGAGGAAGUCUCGAUUCGUUGCGGGGGGGUUCAGCUGAGGCUCAGAAUGCAAAGACGUACAACGGAGUCGCGGCUCCCGCAGGGCCUCGGCCAGCGGGGCGCCGUCGAAGCAGCCUCAAGAGAAACAUCAGUGGCGAAGUCCAAAAGCCCUUUUCUGGUGAUCAGAUCUGGGAAGAACCCGACAGCCAGGAAGCUGAGCGUGCUGAAGAUCCGUUCCCACAAGAUGGGAAAGCUCAGGCCCUGCAGUCAAAGCCAAAGAACCCGUUAAACCGUGUGCAGUUUGCUCCCGAGGCACAAUCGGUUGCGGUCACGUCUCCGCCGUCCCCCCAAAAGCGCAUCAAUAGAUUUGAGAUUCAUCGCAACCCCCCAACCCAAUCGAGGAAUCCUGCUUAUACCACAAACUCGCGCCCACAAGCUCCUGUGGUGCGUGAGGACGUGCCUCGAAAGCACGGUAUCGAGGUUCGGAGCGACGAGAUUCGGCAGGCCACCACUAUGAAGCUCAAAGACCGUAGUCCAGCGCUACCCACGCCAUCUGCCGUCAGUGACGUUCCGGGGCGACCAAUCGUAAGCUUUGAUAAGAAUUGGAAGCCCCAUGAGGAGGCUACUGACGAUAAGUCAGACUCGACGAGGUCCGGACGAGGCAUCGAAGCCCAGCAUCCCGUGUGCCUCGUCCCCGGCCGGAUCCUCUCCAAGCAGUCCAAAGAAGCCCAGCAGCAAGCGCCGCCGAUCCCUUCUAUUUCUGUUUCGGAUGAUUCUCCGACCCCAUCGCCGCCUACGCGCCGCUCGCCGUUCCGCCGCCCACAACCAGCGCCGCCCACUAUUCAAGUAGAUGGGCCUGCUGUUCCCUCGAUUUUGGUGUCGGACACCUCCUCGCCCGCUGCCCCGCCAGUUCCGUCCAUCGUAAUCGCGCCUGACGAUGCCGAUGACGGUCCGAGUAUCCCCGUGAUCGUGACCCCGGACGACAGCGCGAGUACGAAUAAUAGUGGCGGCUCGCGGCGGCCACUCCCCACUCCUCAACCAGGAGCGCCUCGUGUCAGGCAGGCUGCAGCCCGUCCUAGAGGACACUGGACUCCUGACCCUAGGCCCGUGGGCAGCAGGGCGACGGCUCGCUGCCACGAGUGCGGCCACUUCAUCGAGGGCCGCUUCGUCUCACUGGCAGGUAGCUCAGAGCGAUUCCACCCGCAGUGCUUCACCUGCUUUUCCUGCGGGACCUCCCUCGAGGCACUGGAGAUUUCUCCCGAGCCAGAUCACUAUCGUGCCCAGCGCCUCGAGCGCAUCUCUCGCCGCGCUGCUGGCGAGAUACUCCCCGAAAAGCCGGGCGAGACGGAAGCAGAGGACGGCGACGAACGCUUGCGCUUCUUCUGCCACCUCGACUGGCACGAACUGUUUGCACCAAGGUGCAAGCACUGCAAAACGCCCAUCAUGGGUGAACAUGUUGUGGCGCUGGGCUCACACUGGCAUUUUGGUCACUUUUUCUGCGCCGAGUGCGGUGAUCCGUUUGAAAAGGGCAUGACGCACAUCGAAAAGGACGGCUAUGCGUGGUGUGUCUCUUGCCAGACGAAGCGCACAGAGCGGAGGGCGCCCAAGUGCCGCGCCUGCAGGAAGGCUGUCAUCGGACAAUACAUUCGGGCGCUGGGCGGCGAGUGGCAUGACGAGUGCUUCCGCUGCGCUUCCUGCCACGGCGGGUUUGACGACGGCCAGAUUUUCCCCCAGGAGGGGCGUGGAGCGCCGGGCGAGACGGUUGUUCUGUGUACCAGGUGCAUGGAGGCUGAGCUCAAGGCUUGA